AUGGCUGGGAAAUACAAGCUUCCGCCUCUUCCAUACGCAUACGAUGCUCUUGAACCCAUCAUCUCCAAGGAGAUCAUGCAGAUCCACCACGACAAGCAUCACCAAGCCUACGUAACCAACCUGAAUACCGCCCUAAACAGCCAAAAUCAAGCCUUGGAAGACAGCAAUCUGCGACAACUAGUCUUGCUACAGAAGAAGGUCAAGUUUAACGGUGGAGGUCAUAUCAAUCACUCUCUAUUCUGGAAGAACCUAGCCCCUCCUGGUUCCAAGGAAACCGACAUUGACACGGCUGCACCAACACUCAAAAAGGCAAUCGUGGAUCAGUGGGGCAGUGUCCAGAAAUUCAAAGAUGAAUUUAAUACUGUUUUGGCCGACUUGCAGGGCAGUGGUUGGGGAUGGCUUGCAAAUAAGCAGGUCGAGGGCAGACUAAAGGUCAUCAGUUUGAAAGACCAAGAUCCGGUAGAAGAUGCGGUGCCCAUCUUUGGCGUCGACAUGUGGGAGCAUGCCUACUAUCUCCAGUAUAAAAAUGACAAACCGUCCUACAUUUCCAAUAUCUGGAAGGUCAUCAACUGGCAGGAGGCGGAGAAUCGAUUCAAGAAUGGCGUGGAGUCGAUGAAGUUUUGA